UACUAGAAUCUCGAGCAGUCGUCACAUGACAGCGACGGGUGUGCGUGAUCUUCUCGUGAGUCUCUCGAUGCGGAGAUUAAGGAUUCGUUAAACGAAGCCACCGGGCUCUUCGCUCUUCCCAUACUUGAAAAUCGCGAGAUCUUACGUAUCGUGUGAAUAGCGAAGCUAACUCGUCGCGACGAUGAGGUACAUCCUGGGUAAAACAUUUGCGAUCACCGCCUCGGCGACGAUUCUUAUUUUGGUUUUGUAUUAUGUAUUUACUGGCAAAGGAGAGCAGGUUAGUGUUGGCUGGUUCUUGACGAAUACCUCUCCGUAUAUGUGGUGUACACUGGGUAUAGGUCUAUCUGUAGCUCUGUCCGUAGUAGGUGCAGCAUUAGGUAUCCAUACAACAGGUGUGUCUAUCAUUGGUGGUGGUGUGAAAGCACCUAGAAUCAAGACAAAGAAUUUGAUUUCUGUGAUAUUCUGCGAGGCUGUAGCUAUCUAUGGCUUAAUCACUGCCAUUAUUCUAUCUGGAAUGCUUGAUAAAUUUGAUUAUACAAAAGUUUAUGACAACAAUGAGCUCAAGGCUCAGAAUUGGUUCUCUGGGUACAUAAUGUUUGGCGCUGGUUUUGCUGUUGGCCUCGUUAAUCUUUUCUGUGGUAUAGCGGUUGGUAUUGUCGGCUCUGGUGCAGCUCUUGCUGACGCUGCUAACUCUGCCCUUUUCGUAAAAAUUCUCAUAGUUGAGAUUUUUGGUUCCGCUAUAGGACUCUUUGGUUUAAUCGUUGGUAUUUAUAUGACAUCCAAAGUAAAGAUGGGCAACAAGUUAUAAAUAAAUUAUAACAGAAUAAGUUAUGGACUAUAAUCGGGAUCACAUAAUGUUCCAUUCCACAUUUAGUCAUCAGUAAAAGAUUCUAGAGCAAUGAUUGCAUAUCUAUGAAAUUAUUGUGAAAUCAGAAGAACUUUCCAGAUACCAAAAUGCGAAUUUGGUAUAUUAUUACUGCAUGUCUGUAAUUAUACUCAUGUGAUAGAUGACCUAAUUUAACAUCCAUUCUGUGUCUAUAACUGUGAAUCAUCUAUGUUAUAUUGUCUUAGACACAUCUUUCUACUUCUUUUAAAACAAAAGUGGCUAAGAUUAAAUAUUAUAAUAGGCGCUAGAUUUUAUCGAUGUUAAAAAGCGUAAUUUUUGUUUCACAUUUUGAGUGCGUUAUAGCGCUCAUUUUCGCGUUAAUAUAUAUUAAUUAAGUUAUAUAUAUUUUCUUGUCAACAUAAAGUGUAUAAUACAGAGUAAUAUAAAAUAUUCAUAAUUUAUAUCCUUCA